CUAUCGUCUCUCAAACGCUUCUCUCCUUCUUCGCCUUCUCAAAAACCAGUACAAUUUCCUAAUUUCCUGAAAAUUCUGUUUUCCAUUUGAUGGAAAAGGGCUGGGGAUUGACUCUGGAAAAUCCGGAUCAUCAACGCGCUGGUUUCUUCAACAGCAAGCCGGUUUACGGAUUCAGUUUGAGUCCCAGGCUGAACCCGAUCAACUCCGGAAGCGGCGGAAGCGCAUUCAGCAUGAUUCCGGCGAGCUCCGAUCACGCUCUCGAGAAACGAGCUCCGCUGAACGAAGUUGACUUCUUCUCCGAGUCGAAACAGCAGCCCGCUGGUAUCGUCGUGAAGAAGGAGGUCAACUCAUCGCUCGCUGACCCGAUCACAAGGUCCGAUCAUCACAUGGAUGUAAACACCGGAUUGCAAUUAUUGAUCGCUAACAACGGGACUGACCAAUCGACUGUGAACGAGAGUACUCUGUCCGAUAUUGAAGAUAGAGGGGCAAGAAUUGAUGCAUCAAUGUUAAAAGUUGAGUUAGAGAGAAUGAAUGCUGAGAACCAGAGAUUGAGAGGGAUGUUAUCCCAAGUUUCAAACAAUUACGCGGCCUUGCAAAUGCAUCUUGCCAAUCUAAUGCAGCAACAGCUAAGCCAGCCGAGGGCGGAGGGAGCCUCUACCCAAGAUAGGAAGUCAGAGGAGAAGAAGCCCGAGAACGAAGAAACGGGCAUGGUCCCGAGACAAUUCUUGCAGUUGGGUCCUAGUGACGGUGUGGCUGUCGCUGACCAGACCGAUGAGCUGCUCUCUCAUUCUCAUACGUCGUCCGAAGAGAGAACACUUUCUGCUGGUUCCACCAGGGACAAGCAGAUGGAGCUUUCUUCCAAGCAACAUCAUAGUAAUAGUAAAGGGAUUGUGGCUAGGGAAGAAAGUCCGGAUUCAGAAAGCUGGGCACCCAAUAAUAAAAUUCCUAAACUGAAUCAUUCAAGGCCUGUUGAACAAGCUGCCGAAGCUACCAUGAGGAAAGCCCGUGUCUCCGUUCGUGCCCGAUCCGAAGCGCCCAUGAUUAGUGAUGGAUGUCAAUGGAGAAAAUAUGGACAAAAAAUGGCUAAAGGAAACCCGUGUCCACGGGCUUACUAUAGAUGCACCAUGGCUGUGGGGUGUCCCGUUCGAAAACAGGUUCAAAGGUGCGCGGAUGACAGGACGAUUUUAAUCACGACUUACGAAGGGACACACAACCACCCGCUGCCACCGGCAGCCAUGGCGAUGGCGUCAACCACCUCAGCCGCCGCGAGUAUGCUGCUAUCGGGAUCCAUGCCGAGCGCGGACGGAAUGAUGAACCCUAAUUUCCUAGCGAGGGCUAUCCUGCCUUGCUCAUCUAGCAUGGCAACCAUUUCAGCAUCUGCGCCAUUCCCAACUGUGACACUUGAUCUCACUCAAAACCCCAACUCUUUGCCUCAUUACCCUAGGCCCCCACCUUGCCAAUUCCCAGCCCCUUUCUCCGGAGUCCCUCACACUCCCCAGAAUUACGCUCAACUCCCACCAGUUUUUGGGCAAGGCUUGUACAACCAGUCUAAGUUCUCAGGUCUGCAUGUUUCUCAUCAGCAGCAACCCCGCAUGCAACCACCUAUGUACGCUGACACUCUCAGCGCCGCCACAGCUGCCAUCACCGCCGAUCCAAACUUCACGGCAGCCCUAGCAGCCGCCAUCACCUCGAUAAUGAAUGGCUCUCAACCAAACAAUGCUAGCAAUAAUAACCCUACUGGGAGUAGCAGCAACAAGACUAGCAGUUUUACCCAGAACUAAUUAAUUAAUCAAUUAAUUGUUUCUUCUUUCUCGGUAUAGGACAGAUCAUAUACUUUUUCUUUCAUUUUUCAGUCAUUUCAGGGGGGAGGGAUUGGGCAAAAAUGAAUACACAAAAGAAAAUGCAUCAGUCUAUGUAAUUGUUCUACCGUAUGUAUGUACCCGGUCCCCUCCUGACCCGUUAAAUUAAACUUUGUGAAAAUGAUACUACGUAAUUAUUUAGUGAUAUGCUGUAGCUUUGUCGGGAUACAUGGUUGAG